CCGCAGCCGGCUCUACCGCUCUGCUCGCAGGUUUGGGCUAGUCUGGGGCGGGGACGUGGGAGCGUCCAAAAGUUGCGAGGAGGGAGGGGCCGAAGACCUAUCCUUUAAAGGCCGGAACUGGCCCCGAGGCGCUGGCGGCCCUGGGCGAUCCCAGGAGUCGCGCAGGACCCGGCUCCCCUCGCCCAGCCUGCCGGGGCCACCAUGGGCCGCUACCGCAUCCGCGUGGCCACCGGGGCCUGGCUCUUCUCGGGGUCGCACAACCGCGUGCAGCUGUGGCUGGUCGGGGCGCGCAGGGAGGCGGAGCUGGAGCUGCAGCUGCGGCCGGUGCGAGGAGAGGAGGAGGAGUUUGAUCUUGCGGUUCCCGAGGACUUGGGGACCCUGCAGUUCGUGAAGUUGCGCAAACACCACUCGCUGGUGGACGACGCGUGGUUCUGCGACCGCAUCACGGUGCAGGGGCCGGGAGCCUGCGCGGAGGCGGCGUUCCCGUGCUACCGCUGGGUGCAGGGCGGGGGCGUCCUGAGCCUGCCCGAGGGCACCGCCCGCCUGGCAGGAGACAAUGCCUUGGAUGUGUUCCAGAAGCAUCGAGAGAAGGAACUAAAGGAAAGACAACAGAUCUACCGCUGGGCCACCUGGAAGGAAGGGUUACCGCUGACCAUCGCUGCAGACUGUGAGGAUGACCUACCUCCAAAUAUGAGAUUCCAUGAGGAGAAGAGGCGGGACUUUGAAUGGACACUGAAGGCAGGGGCCCUGGAGAUGGUCCUCAAACGUGUUUACACCCUCCUGAGCUCCUGGAACCGCCUAGAAGACUUUGAUCAGAUCUUCUGGGGCCAGAAGAGUACCCUGGCUGAGAAGGUUCACCAGCGCUGGCAAGACGAUGAGCUUUUUGGCUACCAGUUCCUCAACGGUGCCAACCCCAUGCUGUUGAGACGCUCCACCUCUCUGCCCUCCAGGCUGGUGCUGCCCUCGGGGACAGAGGAGCUUCGGGCCCAGCUGGAGAAAGAACUCCAGAACGGUUCCCUGUUUGAGGCUGACUUCAUCCUGCUGGAUGGAAUCCCAGCCAACGUGAUCCGAGGAGAGCAGCAGUACCUGGCUGCCCCCCUCGUCAUGCUGAAGAUGGAGCCCAGUGGGAAGCUGCUACCCUUGCUCAUCCAGAUUCAGCCUCCCAAGCCUAGCUCCCAAACCCCAACACUGUUCCUGCCCUCAGAUCCCCCACUUGCCUGGCUCCUGGCAAAGUCCUGGGUCCGAAAUUCAGAUUUCCAGCUGCACCAGCUCCAGUAUCAUUUGCUGAACACUCAUCUGGUGGCUGAGGUCAUUGCCGUCGCCACCAUGAGGUGCCUCCCAGGACUGCACCCUGUCUUCAAGCUCCUGAUCCCCCAUAUCCGCUACACCAUGGAAAUUAAUACGCGGGCACGGACCCAACUCAUCUCAGAUGGAGGAAUAUUUGAUAAGGCAGUGAGCACAGGUGGAGGGGGCCAUGUGCAGCUGCUCCGUCGGGCAAUGGCUCAGCUGACCUACUGCUCCCUCUGUCCUCCUGACGACCUGGCAGACCGCGGCCUGCUGGGCAUCCCAAGUGCUCACUAUGCCCAUGAUGCUUUGCGGCUCUGGGAGAUCACUGCCCGGUACGUGGAGGGGAUCAUCCACCCCUUCUACCAAAAAGAUGACGUCGUGAGGGGGGACCCUGAGCUGCAGGCCUGGUGUCGGGACAUCACAGAGGUGGGGCUGUGCCAGGCCCAGGACCGAGGUUUCCCUAUCUCCUUCCAGUCCCAGGCUCAACUCUGCCAUUUCCUUACCAUGUGUGUCUUCGCAUGCACUGCCCAGCAUGGGGCCAUCAACCAGGGCCAGCUGGACUGGUAUGCCUGGGUCCCUAAUGCCCCAUGCACAAUGCGGAUGCCCCCACCCACCACCAAGGAAGAUGUGACAAUGGCCACAGUGAUGGGGUCACUACCAGAUGUCCGGCAGGCCUGUCUUCAAAUGACCAUCACAUGGCACCUGGGUCGCCGCCAGCCAGACAUGGUACCUCUGGGGCAUCACAAAGAAAAAUAUUUCUCAGGCCCCAAGGCCAAAGCUGUGCUAAAGCAAUUCCAAACAGAUCUGGAAAACCUGGAAAAGGAGAUUAAAGCCCGGAAUGAGCAAGUUGACCUGCCUUAUGAAUACCUGAUGCCCAGCCGCAUAGAGAACAGUAUCACUAUCUGAGCCCUAAGGUGCCCCCACCUGGAAGACUUCACAUCAGCUUUAGCACUGACAUUUCCAUCUUGAAUGUCAUGCUUUCCUAAGUCUCUGCUGCUAAGGUUCUAUUUCUUCCCCAUCCAUAUCCCACUAGCCUAAAGGCAGUAAACUUUUUCUGCAAAGGUCAGAUAAUAUUAAUAUUUUAGGCUUCAUAGGCCACAGUCUCUGUCACAACUACUCACCUGUGGUAGCAUGAAGGCAGCCACGGGCAACAUGUAAACAAAUGAGUACAACUGUGUUCCAAUAAAGUUUUAUCUAUAGACACUGUGAUAUGAGCUUCACAUGUCAAAAAAUAUUCUUUUACUUUAUUCAACCAUUUAAAAAUGAAAAAGUGCCUUGUUUGAGGGACAUGCACAGGCUACAGGCUGGAUUUGGCCUUUUAGCCUGCACUAGCCUGAGGCCCUGACCCUACUUCCAAAACAUCCAAGAUCAUGCAUGAGUAGGGGAGGGAAAUUUCAGCUAAUUCUCUGUUCCCAGGAACUAAACUUCAUGCUUGGUGGCCAAGUUAGAAAUUCCUGACUCUGUUCCCUAGCAAUUUUCCCUCCACCUCCUUCCUCCUAUUCACACAUGUACCCCAAAAGUACAUGUGAAUAAGAAUGGUGUUUCUAGGGCAGAAUAAAAACCUUUGCCCCAAAAUAGCUUUCUUCUCCAGACAGUCGCAAACAAGAGAUACAAAAUUCAUGUUUCAAGGCCACUUUCCCAGCCCCUUUAAUACUCUGGGAUUUCUAUGUGUUUCCCAGGUUCCAAUCUCUUUCACAACCCUUUAAGAACAAUAUGCAUAAAAUAAAUGGAAAAAAUACCACAAAGUUAUUCUAGCCAAUGACCUUGAGUCCUUGUUUGGUUCUGAGGUCUCAGGGUCAAAAUGAUUCCUCUCAAUUAUGCUGAGGUCACUGUUCUCACUAGAAUGGGUACAACUUGCUCCGUGCAAAACUGUGUUCUUCAAACAUCCCUAUUUCCCCAAAUAACUAUUACAAAUCUGCCUCUCACCAGUGAAGUAUGAGAACUUUUUUGGGGAGGGGAUGAUCUAUUCAUAUUUUUAAAUUUUGUAUUCAAAGGACUUAUAUAGUAUCAGUUUCCUUGGUUUGCAGCAGGGAAGCAAAGUGACAUUUUUGUGUACUUAUUCCUUUCUUCAGUAUAUUUAACAGGACUACUCGCUUUCACAACUGGCUUAUCGAGUCAGCUUUCCCUGGACUUUUCCUAAUUUCAUAUUGUUCCUGGAUUUGGCAUCUAGAAUUAUACAGUAUUCCAAGUGUGAUGAUAAAAUGUUACUUAAGCAUUGCCAAAGCC